ACCAAAACACACUGCUUAAGAUAUAAAAAUGCGUGCGGUCCUCCCAGUGAUUUGUUCUCAGAUUUCACCUGUCACCAUUACACCUGCAUUCUGCCUGAAGAAGAAACAUGGGCUUCUCGGAGGCGUCUGUGCUGUCAAAGGUUGGACUGGGUCUGGCAGGAGCCGCUCUUUUAUUUGAUGUCAUCGGAUUUGCAACUGAUUCUUGGAUGACAGGAAGUUUAAAUUCUGGUUUCAUUGGUUCGAUCGAUCUAAGCAUGGGGUUAUUCAAAAGAUGCGCUGCUGCAGUGUGUGUUUCAAUGGACACGGAUGAGGACUGGUUGAAAGGCACCAAGGCUCUGGUGAUCCUGGGGUUCCUGCUUGGCCUGGGGUCUCUGGCUGUCAUCAUUGUCUACCUGUUUUUCAAGACAGACCAAAUGUUGUUCAAAACAGUUGGGCUCGCUCUCUCCUUUGCUGCCGCUGGAUUUACCAUUAUUGGAAUCAUCGUCUUUGCUGCCAAGGGUACAGAAGAGUAUAAGACAAUGAACUUGAGCUGGUCUUUUGCGCUGACAAUAAUUGGGGGACUGCUUUACUGUGCUACUGGAAUCGUUCUCCUCCUUGGUUAAGUGGAUGACAUAUAUGUGCUUACAGACUGUGUAAAUAUAAGUGAUAGUACUGGUAUUUAUUAGAAACAUAUAUUUCUUUAUGUUUCAAUGACUUUCAUAUCUUAUGUCGAUUACAACAGUUUAGGGAAUUCAAUCUUACUCACUGUUUUUGUGGUAUGCAUAUUAAACAUGAAUUUUGAAAGAUUUAUUGAACACUAUUUUUAUUCAAAAUUAUUUGUCACGAGUUUCACUAUUCUCAUCUGCCUACGUGUACGGGAAUCAGUCUGUACAUAGAAGUAAACGAGGAGUUAUGAUUUCGGUCAAUAAAGGUCUGUUCUUGCUGAGAAAA